AUGAUGAGGGAGGAGGCAGUGAUGAUGAGGGAGGAGGCAGUGAUGAUGAGGGAGCAGGCAGUGAUGAUGAGGGAGGAGACAGUGAUGAUGAGGGAGGAGACAGUGAUGAUGAGGGAGGAGGCAGUGAUGAUGAGGGAGGAGGCAGUGAUGAUGAGGGAGGAGACAGUGAUGAUGAGGGAGGAGGCAGUGAUGAUGAGGGAGGAGGCAGUGAGGAUGAGGGAGGAGGCAGUGAUGAUGAGGGAGGAGGCAGUGAUGAUGAGGGAGGAGGCAGUGAUGAUGAGUGGAGGAGGAGACAGUGAUGAGGGAGGAGGCAGUGAGGAUGAGGGAGGAGGCAGUGAUGAUGAUGAACAGGAAAAGUGGCACCAACAGCAGGAAACCUCUGUGUCCUUCACAUUUAUCACAUGUAGCUUGACGACAGAGAGGCUCAGUUUGAAUGAGUCUCCUGCGCCCCUGUGGUUCUUGAAGAAGCAGCUAGGGGGCAGCACUGAGCCAGGUGUCUGCGUCAGAACAAAAUCCUCAGUGUCCAGUGCUGUGUCCCUGAAGAGUGACCGGUCUAUGUGGGAUCCACCAGACUUCAGUCUUGAAGCUGCUUCUUCAAAACCACAAUCCUCAGUGUCCAGUGCUGUGUCCCUGAAGAGUGACCGGUCUAUGGAGUUUCAACCAGAGUUCAGUCUUGAAGCUGCUUCUUCAAAACCACAAGAAAAGUCACUGCUGGACUCCAGCCCCAGGGCCCAAGACCUCAGGGCCCAAGACCUCAGGGCCCAAGACCUCAGGACCCAAGACCUCAGGACCCAAGACCUCAGGGCCCAAGACCUCAGGGCCCAAGACCUCAGGACCCAAGACCUCAGGACCCAAGACCUCAGGGCCCAAGACCUCAGAGCGACACAAGAAGAAGAGCUCCAGAAGCUUCUGCAGGAUCAUAAACGGCGUCUGAUCAGCAGAUGUGGGAGUGGCUCAGAGAACCAGGAGCUGGAGCUGGUGGUGCCGCUGUCCUUCAGAGAGAUGAACCUGGUGAAAGGGCAGCGCUACAGUCUGAUGCAGCUCAUACAAGUGUUCCAUCCAGCGCUGGAAAAACAGACUCUCUCUCCACACUCUCUGUCCGUCUCUAAACUACUCUUCAUCUUAGACGGCCUGGACGAGAGCAGACUGGGUCUGGACUUUGACUGUGAGCUCAUCUCUGAGUGCUCUGCUCUGGCCUACAUGCUGCAGAUGUCAGACCAGGUCCUGGAGGAACUGGACCUAGAGAAGUACAACACGUCUGUAGAAGGCCGUAGGAGACUGAUCCCUGCUGUGAGGAACUGCAGGAAGGCUCGGUUGUGUAACUUUAGAUUCUCAGAGACCGACUGUGAAGUGGUGGCAUCAGCGCUGAGUUCCAGCCCCUCCCUUCUCACUGAACUGGAUCUGAGUGAGAAUAAACUGAGUGACUCAAGUGUGUCUGUGCUGUGUGCUGGACUGCGGAGUCCUCACUGUGAGCUCUCCUCUCUCAGGUUGAAGCGCUGUGGUUUGUCAGAGAUCAGCUGGUCCUCUGUGGCCUCAGCUCUGGAGUCCAACCCCUCACAUCUCACAGACCUGGACCUGAGCUGGAACAAUCUGUCUGAUUCAGCAGUGUCUGAUCUGUGUGGUUUUCUACAGAGUCCAGACUGUCGACUGGAGAGACUCAGCACAGUUCAUGACGCACCAAACCAACCGAGCUCUCUGCAGACCUCAGCACGUGUGGAGCCCGCGGCGGCGUCUCAGGUCUGCAGGAGGCCAGUUUAUCGGUAUAGCACAGUCCAGACUCUCACUGAGCUGAACUAA